AUGGCGGGCGCCAUGUGCGCAAGAGACGAAGGGAGGACCAGCACCCAACACCGGAGCCCACGGCUAACAACACGGCUCCUGCCUCCAGAACCGGCUAAGCCAAGAAGCCGGAUCAUUAUUACUCACCCCCGCAGCCAAUUGAACCAGCUACGACAACGGCGGCGCAGGGGAGAUAUAG